AUGGCUGGACAGUACGGAUACGGAAACCAACAGAACCCCUACGACCAGCGCGGUCAGGGCUACGAUGGUCAACAACAACAAAACCCUUACGCAGGCCAAGGAGCUCAAGGAGGCUACGGCCAGCAGCAGCAGAACCCCUACGCCGCCGCCGGUGGUAACAGCCGUCAUGGUAACAACAACAACUCGUCGAUUGACGGUGGCUAUGCUGGCUCCAACGUAGAGAUGGCCCCCCUCGCUCAGAACGCUGGCUCCAUGGCCGGCAACGAUGGCAACGCCAUCCUUAACGAAUGCCGCGACAUUGACGCCGGCGUCAACCAGAUCGAGCGCAACCUCGAGCAGCUGCGCAUGCUCCAGCAGAGAACCCUCGACGACGCCGACAGCUCCUCCUCGAGCGCCGCCAAUCGCCAGCUCGACGCCCUCUCCUCCGAGACCAUGGCCCAAUACCGCGAGCUCACCGAGCGCGUCCGCACCAUCAAGUCGAGCCCCGAGGCCAACACCCCCAAGAAUAAGCCCCAGGUGGGCCGCGUCGACCGCCGCUUGAAGCAGGCCAUUCAGCAGUACCAACAGGUCGAGUCGGGCUUCCGUAAGCGCACCCAGGACCAGAUGGCCCGUCAAUACCGCAUUGUCCGCCCCGAGGCCUCGGAGCAGGAGGUCCGCGCCGCCGUCGAGGACACGAGCAACAACCAAGUCUUUAGCCAGGCUCUUAUGCAGAGCGACCGCCAGGGACGCGCCCGCGCCGCCCUCUCCGCCGUCCAGGACCGUCACAAGGCCCUUGUCAAGAUUGAGCAACAGAUGGUGGAGCUCUCCCAGCUCUUCCAGGAUAUGGACACGCUCGUCGUUCAGCAGGAGGCUGCCGUCGUCCAGAUUGAGCAGAAGGGCGAGGAAGUCGUUGAGAACCUCGACAAGGGCAACGAGGAGAUGGGCAUCGCCGUCAACACAGCUCGCAAGACGAGAAAGAAGAAGUGGAUUUGCCUGGGCAUCUGCGUCGCCAUCAUCCUCAUCAUCGUCAUCGUCGUUCUCAUCUACAUCUUUGUCAUCCGUGGCCAGAACAACAACAACAAUAACAAUCCAAAACGUGCCAUGGAGAUUACUGCCCGUGCACUGCUGUCCAACAUUGACGCCCGCGCUGCCGAGGACCAACCAGGCCUAGCAGAGCUCACGCGGUUGAUGAAGGACCGCGUGCACAUGCCCCAAAUCGCCCGUCGUUGA